CACAAUUGUUGGAGCUCACUGUGAUCAGUCAGUCCGGUGUUUCCAUUCUGUGUUGUUAUGAUUUUCAGCUAUGGAUUUGACGACUAAGAGAGGAAAGAAGUGUUUGAUGCUCGGUGGAUAUCUUUCUUGGAGAUGCACCGACAAGAAAAAUAAGGAGAAAACUGCAACACAAUUGGACCUUCAACUGAGUGAGAAAAUGCGCAUUUGAUACCAACCUCAGCCACGCUUUUGAUAGAAAUAUAUCGGCGCUUUCAGUGAUGACCCGCCGCGCUUCUGAUAUACCAAACCACACUCUCGUAAAGCGCCGGUCAGAGCGGUGACAGCGUAAGAGUGUCACCUUCUGAUUGGGGCGGCGGCUGGAGCUGGGGUGAGAGGGAGCGUGAGACAGCAAAGGACGAGAGAUGGAGAGUGGAGGAUGGAAGACUCGCGAUGGAAGGCCUAGGAUAUGGAAGAGUGAAGAGGGAUGUGAAUGAUGUCCCUCCAGGCUGCAAGACACCACUCUCAGUGAACCACAUCAGUCAGGAGUGGCAGAGGAGUGAAGGUUGUAUCAUCGGAAUCUGUGACGCUGGCUAUGAGUCUCCAUUCGGUGGCCGAGAGAUGAUGAUCAUGUGUGUGGAUGGUGAGUGGGAGCAAUUGCCAUGGCCUGAUCCCAGCAACCCAUCUUGCGUGCCCUUGUGCUCCCCGGCGUGCAGAGCAGGGCGGUGCGUGGCUCCCAAUUCCUGCGAGUGUCCUUAUGGCCUGCAGGGAAACCUCUGUGAGGUAGCCACAGGUUGUUCGGAGCCGCCCUUGAUCCCGCACCAUGCACUGUUCUUCAUGGGGCAACCUGGGAGCGGCAAGCUUACCUGCGAAGAAGGCUACGGGUUCCCCAACAACAAGACUGAAAUCUACCUGGUCUGCAUCGACGGGCAGUGGUUCGCGCCGUGGGUUGAAGAGGAAGAGAACGCGGUGGUGACGUGGGGACGAGUGAAGGGAGACGGCAUCAUGUGCAGGAGGAAGCUGCACGUGGAAGACCUGCAAAGAAAUUACAGAGACACUAAGAGGAAUGGUCCGACCUUCCCACACGUCCCUCACGCCAUGGUCGUCUUGGUCGAUGAUGAGUCUUCUUUCACCUGGACUUUCGAGGUGAGCUGCUUUCCCGGCUACUACAUUCGCAACACAAAUCUCACCAAAAUCAAAAUUCAGUUGGAUGGUGGCGUGUGGAAGACUUCGAGAGAUCUUGUCGUGGAUUUCAAAGAUGUAUCCUGUGUGCUUCCCUGUGCUGAUGCGGAGAAGGGGAUGAAUGACUGUCAGAACGGAGGGAGCUGUGUGGAGGGAGUCUGUGUCUGUCCUACUAAAUAUAUGGGCCAGUUCUGUGAGAUACCGCGCUGCUCUCAUGCUAACCUGCCAACCCUGCACCAUGCCUAUUAUUUCUAUGGGGACGAGGUAACUCCCGAUGGAAACCCAUUACUGAACGUUCAGUGCCAGAAGGGAUUUUUCUUCCCGGACAACUCCACUGUCGCCCUCGUCAAGUGUUCUAAAGGCUUAUGGGACUUUGGACCCGGGCAGGUGUACCAACGCUGCCGUCCCCGGUGUUCAGUUGUCUGCAUGUCACCGAUGGUCUGCGUGGGGGAAAACGAGUGCGGAUGUGAACAGAAAGAUAUGGACAGAGUGAUUUGUAAGGCUUUGGCGCAAGGAGAUCGCUUGCCGCUGAUUUACGAUGGCCAAGUUGUCCAGAGACAAGACGGUAGUUAUUCUGCGAAGUGCAAAAAAGGGUACCAGAUCAACAACCAGCAGCAGUUGGACAUGGCAUUCUACAACGACACGUGGCUGCUGGUCGGAGUGUUCCCAGGUUACGCCUACCGAUGCAAGCCACAGUGCUCGCCUCCGUGCAAUAACAGACAGGAGUGCUUCAAACCUAAUCAGUGCCGCUGUCUGCCCUACUUUGAGGGGAAGAACUGCGAAAACCUGAAGCCCACCGUAUAUCCUUGCCCUUCCUUCUUUCCCUACAUCCCCUACAGCAAAGUGAGCAAAGACGGCGAGCUGGUGUGUAUGGGCGGCUAUAAGCUCUCCGAUAACUUAAACUCGACAAAACUGACCUGUGUCAACGGUCAGUAUCAAGUGGAGGAAGGGGACGGGAAGUGCCAUCCGGUGUGCAACCCUGGCUGCUACAACGGUGGUACCUGUGUGGCGCCUGGCCUGUGUGUCUGCAAGAAAGGAUUUUCUGGAAGGCGGUGCCAGCUGACCGAGUGCCCCAUUUCAAUGCCAGAGUUGUUAUUCACAGUGAUUCUUCAAUGUACGUUUGAACGUCCAUAUCUCAUAAGCAAAGUAGGAUACAAGUUUCCUACCGGCGAGGACCGCAUACCGAUCGAUUGUGUGAAUGGCGAGUGGAGAUCGGUUUACAACAUAACCUUAGUGCCCAGCGAACCCAAAUGUGACCCCGCCUGCGUGAACGGGGGAGUCUGCAUCGCGCCCCAAAAGUGUUCCUGCCCCGCUGGGUUUGGCGGAGACCAGUGUCAAUUGCCCAAGAAGUGCUCCUCCUCCUUGCCCACAGGCCUCGUCAACGCCAAGUUUUGGGACAAAGGAGAGACGGGCGUCGCCUUCUGCACGGACGGCUACACCUUCAACAGCAGGUCAGGCGCUGAGACUAACAUCACGUGUGUCAAAGGCAACUGGGACAUCACAAUAAAUGGCGAGCGGAGAAAUGAACUAGUCAAGAUCAGGCCUCAGCACAUCGGAGAGAUGGUGCUCUUCCAGCUGGGUUGUCUGCCGCUAUGCAACCCUCCCUGUCUCAACGGCGGCACCUGCGUUAGCCACAACCUGUGUAUAUGUCCAGAUAACGAGCACGGGGGUACCUGUCACUUGCACACGUGUCUCUGUCCCUUGCCGCACAUACGGAAUGCCAAUUACCUUUAUGGUGACACCAUGGCCUUAGUGAAGUGCAAGCCUGGGUUUAGGUUCUCUUACGGCGGAGAGGUAAUCACCCUUACGUGCCAAGACACUGAAUGGAUCGUCCAUAGAUUAUCUUCUUUCGUACCGCCUUCGUGCCUCCCAAUAUGUGAGCAGGAAUGCCUUAACGGCGGCGUGUGUCAAGAGGACGGGACCUGCGGUUGCCCACCUGGGUACAUCGGUUUGUCGUGCGAAAUUCGGCAGGAUGAACAAUGCUUCGACGCUCCUCCUGCCAUCGACAACACCAUGCUCACGAUAACGAACCACACUGGAAUGUACACGUGCUUGCCUGGGUUCAGAUUAGCAAACGGUUCCGAGGUGACGGUGCAGCUGGAGUGCCAUGGCUCACAGUGGGUGUUUCCAGACUAUAACGACACUACUCCGCAGUGUGAGUUUUGGUGCCAGCCAGGCGAUUGUGGUCUGGAGGGCGUGUGCCUGCCGUCGGGGCAGUGCGUGUGUUCCCCAAACUGGACGGGGGAGAGGUGCAUGGAACCCAUCCUUGGUGUAAAGUGCAACGAACUGCAGUUAAACAAUACGAUAAUUAAACCACUAGGUUCUAACAACAUGUCAGAGGUUGAAGCUACCUGUCAGAAAGGUUACCAAAUGUCCAACGGAAUAACAGCCCUUAAAUUGACGUGCGUCGAGGGAAUGUGGCUGAGCUCACAACCCACUCACCACGAAGAUGCCCUUGGUUGCUAUCCAGUAUGCGAUCUUACUUGCCUCAACGGUGGCAUCUGCGUCUCCCCGAAUAAGUGUGACUGUCCAGAAUUCUUUAAGAGCGAAGACUGCAGCAAGUUAGUAUACGGCAGUUGCGAGGCCGUCAUGAACAAACCUGCGAACCUGACCGUGGAGAGGAGAAACGCAUCACUGGUACUGAGGUGCGACUCAGACCAGCCAGUGGGGCCUGGCGACUUGGAAUUCAUAUUGUUCUGCAGCUACGGGGAAUGGAUCACUCCCAAAGACUGGUCGUGGGACGUCACCUGCGACAUCGGUGGAAGCUGCUCCUAUCCCCACUCGCCCAGAAACGCCCGCAUAUCCGGCAAUUUGUCAGGGAUCUACAUGGUGUGUGACGAAGGUUUCAGCAUAGAGGGCGAGAAGAUCGUAGGACUGGAGUGCAUCCGAGAGAGGAACGCAUGGGCCUUGGUCAGGACAAAGACCUUUUUCCUGGAUGAUGUGAACUGUACAUUGGACGCAAAUGCUACGUGCGACUUGGACUGUGGGCCAAACGGUGUGUGUGUGAGCUACACCUGCGUGUGUGAUCCUGGGUGGACUGGGCGUUUCUGCAGCACACAGCUGUGCACCUCCACUGACUUCCUGGUGGAUGGCUCACAGGGAGUCUCCCACAUCAAGCCAGGGGAGGAGGUAGUUGUUUUCUGUUCGGCCGGCCACCGCUUGCCUUCAGGGACGAGCUCGGUGAAGCUGAUAUGUCACGAAGGCGCCUGGAUGCUGUCUGGAGUCAUGCUUGGCCAAUAUAGAACCAUGUGCAAGCCACUGUGUGACCCCCCGUGCCACAAUCUCGGCAUAUGUAUUGAACAUAAUGUCUGUCAAUGUCAGUUCGGCUUCACGGGUCCCAGGUGUACUAAAUGUGGUAGCAUUCCCGACCUGCGAUUGACAACUUCCGGGAUGACCUGCAAACUUCCAUUCACGGUAAACGACAAAAAGUACACUGACUGCUUACAGGCGGACCGCGAUUCCCUGGCCUGGUGCCCCACGACCGUCAACAACAAAACCAAAAAAAUCAUUGGCUCUGGAAUAUGCCUCUAUGACUGGGGAUACAGAAGAAUCACCGUCACGUACUCUGGCAAGACGUGCAAGUUUCCCUUCUUGUUCAAGGAUACACUACGCUUCUCUUGUAUCAAAAACGGCAACCUCACCUACUGCCCCACGAUCACUGACAAGGAUUACCGCCCAGUGGAGUAUGAACAGUGCGCCCGCGAUGAUGAUGCUGCGAACGUUAUAAACGGCGGAAACUCUCAGAGCGAGAAAUUACUAGUGACCACGACGAAUGGACAGAUCUGCGAGUUCCCCUUCGUGUACCGGGGCGUCACCUACAAUGAUUGCAUCAAGAAAGGCUCCCAGCCAGCCUGGUGCGCGACGAAGGUGGACGUGAAUCGCAAAGUGCAGAAAUAUGGAGUGUGCAUCUAUAACAAAGCCAAGGACGUACCCACUCAAGAAGUCAUCAACAUCAUAAGCUACUGCCAGGAUUAGCGCCUUACACCGUUUGGGCAUAGUGAGGACCAGCACAGACCUGGGUCGAAGGGAUGAGGAAGAUUCGAGGCUUUACGAAGUAAUCACAGACAUUACUUUAUUCUGGAAGCUGGGGAAAGGUACAGUACCCAAGGAAAGCUACAAGGGGCAGCCAUGUGAAGCAGCAACCACAGAUUGAGCAUAACACUCAACAUUGAAGUACUUAUCAGUGAAGCAAUGGAGCAAUAAUCACAAUGGCCAGUGUGGUGGACCCUCUCUGCUUCACACCACCACACCAAGGAGCUGCCUUUAAUAAGCCUGCCUCAGGAGAAGAAAUUCUGAGCCACCUGUUGCAUCAAGAUCAAGCAGCAGCAGCAGCGUCUCUGGAAGUUUUCAACCAGCUUCGCACAUAACCUGUAGAGUAGUAACAAAUAUGUGUCAGACUUGUUGGUUUUAGCCACACUAGUUUGUUUACCACAAAGCUUUAAUUAAUAUUAAUAUAUGUGAGUUCUGAGAACUCUAACAUUUUUUUUUAAAUAAAUUUUGUCUGGAAUA